AUCUAAUCACACGGUUAUCUGUAGGAGAAAGCGUCCGACAUUCUUACGGCCCAGCCUAGCACGGAGCAAAGCCCAGAGUUUCCAGCUUGGAAUGAACAAGCCGGCCCCGGAGUCUCAACCACCUCCCUUCAAGUUCCAGAGCCGGGGAAAUAGGACGACCCUUGGCGCAUCUGCCACGUUGGAGGACAUGUUCUGCGAGUCAUCGCCUCAGAGGGAGCGUCCGUCGCUCAAGAAUAACUCCACCGGCAAUUUGUUGUGCGGCGCUCGUUUGAAGCCACCGUUUGGAAGUAGCACCAGCCACGCCCGUGGAAAUGGGUCCCCCUCCGCGGCGUCGGUCCGCAAGAAUGCACACCCCACCAUGCGCCCGCGUAAGCAGUGCAGACGUUCGUUGAGCAUGUUUGAGCAUCCCGAGGAUGUAGUCGAAAACGAGGCCACUCUAAUUACAAAUGCACCACUCCCGUCGAUCAUCGACAUUGAAGGAUCCCCCAGCCUGCAGCUUCCUCACGUCUUUUCGGAGGACCAGGCAGAUACGUUGCCUCGUAUCGACAAGAGCAUUCUCGUAGAGCUCAUGGAUGGAAAAUACAACGAUCGUUUCGAUAACGUUAUGAUUAUUGACUGCCGCUUUGAGUAUGAGUACGAGGGCGGCCACAUCACGGGGGCCGUCAACUACAACGACAAGGACCACCUGGCAGCCGAACUCUUCGCCUCUCCCAAGCCGCGGACGGCCUUGAUCCUCCAUUGCGAGUACUCGGCCCAUCGAGCCCCGAUUAUGGCCAAGUACAUUCGUUGCCAGGAUCGCGCAUUCAACGCCGACCACUACCCGCUACUCACCUACCCGGACCUGUACGUGCUGGAUGGUGGCUACAGUUCCUUCUUCUCCGAGCAUCGAUCACUGUGCUUCCCGCAGAACUAUGUCGAGAUGUCCGCCAAGGAGCACGAAUUUGCAUGUGAGCGAGGCCUUGGUAAGGUCAAGCAACGGUCCAAGUUGAACCGUGCUCACACUUUUGCCUUUGGAGAGAGCUCGCCUCAGAUGGAAGACAGCCCCACUGGGCGGUGUCGCAACGGGCCCGGCGAGCGCAACCGGUUCCUGGCCUCUCCGUUUGCCGAGAGCCCGGCAUCGAGCCGACUUUCGGGCCGACGCAUGCUUUCAUACUGAACUAACGAAACCUGGUGCAACAUACCGCGCCACGCAAUGAUGUUAUGACUGACUUGGGACAAACCAUGCUGCGACCACUGGAUCGCUUUCAUCUGCCCUUGGUCCUUUCCUUUUGCCUCUCAGCAUACCCAAAAUGGCCAGUGCAGGUCAAUUGGCUGAAUAAGUGCAUUUGCGAGUUUUGGCGCACGCGGUUACAUCCUUGGGCUCUGGAGGUGAACGCAUCGAUUCUUUGGAUGUGGCGUUCUACCGACACCCCGUUCCGCUCAUUUUGAUUCUCGGUUUUUUCCUACCUAUGCCUUGGGAUGUGGUGAAGAAAGAGGACGACACGAAAUUUGGCAGUUUGCUUUUGGGUGGGUUUUGACGACCCGAAAUGAUGAUUCCGACGUGGAACACGACCCAGAACACCACAACCACGAUCGAUGUUGAACCGACAUGACAUCCCUUUUCACCGCCCACUCCCUUGGGACCUUUCCUAUGUCUUUUUU